CUUUUAUUUUCUCCAAUAAUAUUCAUCAAAUUGUGAAAUUUCCCUUUGUCCUUUAGUAAACAUCCAAGUAUCUAAAAAAGAGAGCUUUUUCAAAAAAAAAAAAUCUAAAAAAGAGAGAAAACUAAAAAAAAACAACACCCAAGUAUCUAUAUACCACGUUGCUAUACAAGAGUGUGUCUGGCACAUUUCUAGAACUGCUUAGAAUAUUUGUAGCUCAGAGAAACAAUGUCUGCAGUUGCUGCAACUUCCUCAAUUUCACCAUCUUCCUCAAUUUUCACUCAUGAAGGGUUUAAAGGGGGACUAAACUCUAUCCGCUUCUCACCUUGGAAGCUUAAGGAAACAAGAGUAAGAAGAGCCGGUGCUGGUGUUGUUACAGCCAAAUUUGACUUGAAGCCCCCACCUUAUCCAUUUGAUGCCUUGGAGCCGCACAUGAGCAAACAGACGUUUGAGUAUCACUGGGGUAAGCAUCAUAGAGCAUACGUGGAUAACUUGAACAAGCAAAUAGUUGGAACAGAAUUAGAUGGAUUGCCACUUGAAGAAGUUGUACGAAUCACAUAUAACAAAGGAGACAUGCUUCCUUCCUUUAAUAAUGCAGCACAGGCCUGGAACCAUGAGUUCUUCUGGGAGUCCAUGAAGCCUGGUGGUGGGGGAAAGCCUUCUGGCGAGCUUUUGGCACAAAUUGAAAAGGAUUUUGGUUCCUUUGAAGCAUUUACUAAUGAAUUCAAGACUGCUGCUGCCACACAAUUUGGUUCUGGCUGGGCUUGGCUUGUUUACAAAGCAAAUAAAUUGGACGUUGGAAAUGCAGUAAACCCGAGACCAUCUGAAGAUGACAAGAAGCUUGUGAUUGUGAAGAGCCCAAAUGCUGUGAACCCUCUUGUUUGGGAUUAUUAUCCACUUCUUACUAUCGACGUUUGGGAGCAUGCAUAUUACUUGGAUUUCCAGAAUCGAAGGCCCGAUUACAUCUCAAUUUUCAUGGAAAAUCUUGUUUCCUGGGAUGCUGUUAAUGCACGAUAUGAGGCUGCUAAGUCUCUUGCUACUGAGAGAGGGAAAGAAGCAGUGCAGAAUUAAGAAGAUUUUGGUUAGAAAGUGUUAAUGGAAUAAUGGUGGUUCUGAUUGUUAGCUAGACAUUGGUGCAGCAGAUCGAAGCUGGAGUUUAGCCUUGUAGAACCAGUCCUAGCUGUUGUAGCUGAGCUUAUGUGUUUCUUCUACGGGUUGUAUGAGGGUGCUUUAUAGCUUGUUAUACCGUUCUGAUUGUAAUGCCAGCAAUAGUAAAAAUAAAGAGCAUCUCUCUGUGAAAACAUGUUUCUGGAGAGGCUCUUAAACCAGAUAUUAAGCAUUAUUAUCAAGAAAUUUUUAUUAAAGCUGUUAAUUAUAUAAACUUUGCAUGAUUUCUGA